CGUGAGUUAUGGUGGCCUUUAACAGCAACAAUAACAACAACAUAUGAGCAAUGGAAAACACGUUAGUUGUUAUUUUAUAAGGAGACUAGAGAGGCUGUAUGGAGAAGUCAUGCUGGAGAAGCUUGCGUGUGAGUGGCAGCGAGCUGGAGCAAGUAGUGCAGCAGGAGAGGAACAAGUGGAAGAUAUUCCGCAUUCAACAGGUACGGGAGCAGGCAAAAGAAGAAGCCAGGCGUAUUCGUGAAUCUGUGCAUAGUAAAAAGUCACAAAUGAUCCAAGAUUUAAGACAGGACCUAUACCAACAGUGGCAAGCAGAGAAAGAGAAUCAGGUACAGGAGCUGCAAAAGGAAUAUAAGGAAUCCCUGCAGGCACUUGGCAAGGCUCAUGAACUUGCUAGUCAACAGGUAAUUAAGUGAUAUCAAUUAAGAAAUUUUUUCACAUAGUAGACAUAUAUAAUGUAUUUUACUGGAAAUAAUUGGAUGAUCUCCUAUACAGUAUGAGUGUUCAGUGUACAUAAAACUGGACAGGAGAAAGUAGAGGAUUUUUCUCAGUGUAAUAUGGCAGAGUGCCAAUGGAGGAUUGGAGCCAUUUUCUAA